GAAAAUGGAUUGCGAGCAAUUUUGUGCGAUGCGCAAGAAAUCUCAAAUAAAAACAUGAGAAAGUAAAAUAUACUGAACAUAUUCACCAUUUUCAGAGCCAGGAAAAGAAAAUAUGGCUGUAAAUUGUGUUCAUAUUGAUUCUGACGCCUAUAUGGUGUGUUUGACGCACGCUUUGUCGACAGAAAAAGAGGAAGUAAUGGGGCUUUUGAUUGGAGAGAUUGAUGAGACACGAGUCUUGCACAUAUCGGCUGUGAUCAUGUUGAGACGAUCUGAUAAACAACCUGAUCGAGUUGAGAUAUCGCCAGAACAGUUAUCGGCAGCUUCAACAACAGCAGAGAAUCUUGCACAUGAGUUGCAGCGGCCGAUGAGAGUCCUUGGAUGGUAUCAUUCCCACCCUCACAUCACGGUCUGGCCAUCACAUGUUGAUGUGAGAACCCAGGCCAUGUACCAGAUGAUGGACGAAGGUUUCAUCGGACUGAUAUUCUCUGUCUUCAACCAAGAUAAAACAACCAAGCAGUGUCGAUUUCAAGUCACAUGCUUCCAGUCGAUAAACCAGAGUCCUGAGGGGGAAGCACCACAGUAUAUGAGAUUGGAAAUCCCGCUCCAGAUCAUCCGGCGAGAUUCGAUGGGGAAGGCUUCAUUAGAAUCGCUGACGGAGUUACCGAAGAUCUUAAGCCAGGAGGAGGAGGACGAAUAUGUUCGGUCUAGUCAGGGUCAUCAUCUCGAUCUUAUAUCAAGGAUUUACAAUGGUUCAGUUUAUACACGGGCAAUCUGCCACAUCAUGGAGGUGAUGUCAGGGCCGUUGAUGCAGACGUUAGAAUCUCGAUUGGAACAGAAUCAUCACAAAGUUUCAGAACUUUUACAAGAAAAAGAACGAUUAACUCGCAGUUUGUCGGGAUUUGACGACGAGGACAAGUUACUACAGCGACCCGCUAGAGCAGGUACUUCUUUAGCUAUGGAAGACGACCAGUUCGGGGCUUGAUUGUUUUGUAAUCAAUGCCUUGAAUCGGAUGUCGUCAACAUUUAUUCAAGUUGCAUGAUUAUUUCAGACAGGGAUAGGCAGGGAUAGCUUGAUAGCUUUGACAAUUUACCUAUUGUGAUGAAGAAAUAUCUGCCAUUUGGAUUGGAAAUAUCUCGUUACAGAAAGUGUUCAGAGGAAAUUUGUGGAGACGGACAAAUUUUGGACUCGGCCAGAUACUUUUAUGGGCAAAAUGUGCAAAUUAAAGUGGAUUGAGAUUGACAUUUUGUAUCCUGAGGAAAUCAGGGGUUGAUGUUUUGUACUUCAGCCAAUGUGGGGGAAAUGUUUGUGUGCAGGGCCGGGGGGAGCAAACAUUGACCCCUGAUUUCCUCAGGACGCUCCAGAUAGUGAACAAAAUGUGUCAAGGGAAAUUCAAAAUGGGAUCUAAACUAUGGAAAUUGGACUUGGACUUCAGCGGAAUUUGAAGAAAAAAACAAGGGAACAAAAUGUGAUCUUUGGAUCUUUGUUAAGGAAUUUCAAUUUUGGAAAUUUGGACAUCAAAAAUACUGACACUGUAUCAUUAUUACAACAAUUGUCUUCAAUGUCUUUAUGUACAUUUGAAGGAAGUGUAAAACCAUCCAGAGUCAGCCCUUUUUAGAGAAGGUUUUAAAGGGGGUAGUUCUCUUUGCUUAUGAUUUUGGGAAUUGAAUAUCUGUUGGCACAGAAGUUUUAAGCACUGCAGCACAAUCAUAUUUGAGACUCUGUUGAUCACCUGUAGAUGAAAUCGUUUCUUGUUUGUUCUUAGUUGACAAAAUAGUCUGCUGGUUUACAGCAGAAGCUGUAUAAUAUGCAUUUGUGGACGGGAAGGUUGGUGUGAAGUCUGCUGUCGGUUGAUGAGGUGGUUCAUUUCCUAAACCAUGGCCUAGGGAAUUCUUUUCAA